AUGGCCGCUGCCGCUAUCCCCCCUGCUCCUGUAUUGUCCGCGAACGGACAGCUUGAAGUUUUUGUCCAUCAUUCUUCCCCCGCCGCAUUCAGCCAAGACGCGAGGCCUUACGGAAACAGCGAGAGGCUUCGAACGCUCGGCAAGCGUAUGCUAGAGACAGCCUACAUGGCCGCGGUGAGAGCGAAGUACCCCGUCCUGGGACAUCAUCAGCUCGAACAACACGUUGUCAACGAGUACCCCGCCUUUAUCGCGCAUUGGGUCAAUGCCUAUGGUUGGAGGGCCCGAAUGCGGGCAGUGCCCCAGGGAGUCGACCUGAACGAUCCUCAGGAGAUGCAAAUGAUCUUCGAGACCUACGCGGGCGCCGUGGUCGCUGAGGACGGGACCACGAUCCUGUUCGAUUGGGUCAAGCGACUUGUUGCCAUCAGCGAUUGA